AGAGAUAGGUUUAGAGAGAUUGUAGCAGCCGCGCCCUCCGGGGCGGCUCGCAAGAAACACCCUGGCAAAGCAGUUAUGGCUGGUGGAUUUGCUGGAGGUUUAGAGAUCCUGUGCACGUUCCCUACAGAAUAUGUAAAGACACAGUUACAGUUGGACUCCAGGGCGGUAACACCACGCUAUACAGGGAUUGGAGACUGCAUUAAGAAGACGUUCGCUCAACACGGAUUCUUUGGUUUCUAUAGGGGAUUAUCCUCCUUGUUAUAUGGUUCAAUUCCUAAAGCUUCUGUCAGGUUUAUGGGAUACGAAGCACUGAGGAACAAGCUGGUAGAUAAGGAUGGGAAACUUACUCAGAUUAGAACUGUGCUGUGUGGACUAGGUGCUGGUGUAACUGAGGCUAUUGUUAUCGUGUGUCCUAUGGAAACUGUAAAAGUGAAGUUUAUUCACGACCAGAACCAGGCUAAACCUAAGUAUAAGGGAUUUGUUCACGGAGUCAGAGAAAUAGUGAAACAGGAAGGUUUCAGGGGUACAUACCAAGGUCUCACAGCUACAAUCCUGAAACAGGGUUCCAACCAAGCUAUCAGAUUCUUCGUCUUCAACAACUUAAAAUCUUCUUUCCAGGGUGGAGAUAACACGGUGGAAAUAGGAAUUGCGCGCACAUUUUUGUGUGGUGGAAUUGCUGGAGCAGCCAGUGUAUUCGGUAACACCCCUCUGGACGUUGUAAAGACAAGAAUGCAAGGUUUGGACAGGCACCUGUACAGAAACACACUCCACUGCGCGCAGGAGGUCCUCAAACACGACGGUCUCAAAGGGUUUUAUAAAGGCACAGUGCCCAGGCUGGGGAGGGUUGUGUUCGACGUUGCGUUUGUUUUCACAAUUUACGAGCAAACUAUGAAAGUGCUGGAUCUCGUCUGGAAAACUGACUAAACACUGAACCUGGUGGUGUGAUGUUACUACUGUUACGUGACGUCAUCAUUGUGACUUUGUAACAAUAGCAUGCGUACUUUUGAUGAAUAAUUUACAUGUUUUAGAUUGAAAUACUUAACCUAGAAAUCUUAAAAAGCUAUUUUUACGACAUUAGUUUA